AUGGUCCUCCACACCUCCAGGAUUUUUGCUUGGCUGCUCGUCGUGUCUGUCGGCACUGUCUUUUACGUUCUAUUACAGGGAAAUUUGUCAUUAAGCGUCAGCUGGACUACUUUGGUGAAGACAACGAUCUCAGACUGGAAUCAUGAGGGAAAUGCCACCACCGCUGUCAUCAACAAAACGCACUCCGAGUUGGUGACCUCUAAGCAUGUCAAGGAGUCUGCAAGUAAGAUAACAUAUGUGUCCACACGUGCUGUGGCCUCAGAGACCCCCAUGCCCAUCCUCUUGAAAACAAAUUUCUCCAAACUUCCCUCGUGGGAUUUUGAGGACGUGUAUAACCAGGAUGCUGCACCCCAAAACACAACUUGCCGACAAUCGUUGAGGAAUUCCAAGGACGAGAACUUCAAAAAGGCUUUCCUUCCCAACAUACGUUUAUUUCUACACAAGGAUAACCUCAACAUGAGUGAAUGGAACAGACUCUCCCAUUUUAACAAUCCUUUUGGCUUUAUGGGCUUCACUUAUAAUGAUGUAAUAUCCUCAGUCAAGUUAAUUCCCAAGCCAAAGGAGCCUCUUCUUUCUCCAAAGCUAGACGGCGACGGUUGCAUCCGUUGUGCAGUGGUGGCCAACGGCGGCAUCCUCAAUAACUCCAAAAUGGGAAAGGAAAUUGACACGCACGAUUACGUUUUUCGGAUGAACGGUGCAGUCACUGAACAUUACGAGGAGGAUGUGGGGAAAAAAACAUCCGUAUUCAUCCACACUGCUCACUCCAUCACCGCGUCUUUGAGUUUAUUUAAGAAAUACGGCUACAAGUCGGUCCCACACGAUGAGGGUAUCAAGUAUGUGAUGAUUCCGGAGGGCAUGAGGGACUUUCAGUGGCUCGGGGGACUCCUCAGAGGAGAAAGGGUGCCGCUUGGCCCAUACCAAAAGAAAUGGCCCCGGACAUAUUACAUGGGGCAGUACAACGAGAGCAGGUUUUACGUCCUCCAUCAGGACUUCCUGCGAUAUGUGCGCAACAGGUUCCUAAAGUCUGCACACCUGAAUAAACGUUUCUGGGGAAUACUCCGACCAACCAAUGGUGCCUUUACACUCUUUCUCGCUCUUCACACGUGUGACACAGUGGACGCGUAUGGCUUUAUAACGAGAGACUACUCCAAGUACUCCAAUUAUUAUUUCCAGAGGGAUGUAAAAAGUCGUGUGACUUUCUUCGCCAAUCACGACUACAAGCUGGAAAUGAGAUGCUGGGAAAAACUGCACAACAGUGAAAUCAUCCGUCUGUAUCAAAGAAGCAAAAAGGAGCCUCCUCUUCCCCUGAAUGAUAAAAAAAUGCUCAAUAAAAACUGA